UCCAAAAGACGAAAGAAAAAAUAUUUCUAUAUUAUAAAAAUAUAGAAGGCGAAAGGGCCUGAUCUUCUUCUUCGUCUCUGCAACUUCUCUUUCUCUCUGUUUCAACUGAUGGCUUUAUAUUCAUUCGAUUUUUCCAAUAAAAAUACACAGAGCUUUCUCAAUCAAUACUCUUUUCUUUUUUUCUCUAAAAUCCCCAUAGCAAUUUUUAGUAAUAUUUAUCAAAAGUUCUUUCAAACCCACUUUCUUCUCUCUGCUAAUCAUCAUCAAACUAUCAAAUGAAUCAAUCAAGCCCUACACCAGAGAUAUUAGGAACAAGAAAACCACCAUAGCGACCAUCUUCUUCUAUUAAAGGAUCCCAAUUUGAUGAUAAAUCUCUAUGGAACCAUGUCGAAGUUCUCAAUGUAGCUGUUGGUGGAGGUGGAAACCGAUGCUGGACUUGCAACUAUUGCAGAAAAAAAGUGACGGGUUCAUAUGCAAAGGUGAAAGCUCAUUUACUUAGGAUUCCAGGUCAUGGGGUUGAAUGUUGCAAAGUUGUUGCAGGUGAUUUACUUCAACAAAUAAAAAGAGAACAUGACCAAGUUGAAAUCAAGAGAUUUUAGGAUGAGUUCAAUGAAAGAGAAAAGGCAAAGUAUAUCAAUUUACCUAGCAGUUCAGAUUUGUUGCAACAUAAAAAGAGGAAAGGAGUUGUGGUUGGAUCUUUGGAAAAAAUCUUUCAACACUACACAACGUGAUAUUGCUGACAAGGAAGCUGCAAUUUGGCAGGUUACACUCCUCCUACAUAUAACAGAUUAAGGACAACUUUUACUUGCAUAAGAGAAAGAAUAUAUUAAUAGGAAGCUUCAGCCAAUUAGAGAUUCAUGGAAGAAGAAGGGAGUGUCCAUUGUCUCUGAUGGAUGGUCAGAUAGACAAAGAAAACCUCUUAUCAAUAUGAUAGCUGCAUCUUCUAGUAGAGCAAUGUUUCUGAAAUCAAUUGAUGCUAGCAGCAAUAUAAAAGGUGGAGACUAUGUGGCUUCUUUGUUUCUACAGGUGAUCAAUCAAAUUGAAGAUGCUAAUAUUAUUCAAAUAAUUACUGACAAUGCAAGCAAUUUCAAAUCUGCAGGAUUACACAUUGAAUCUAGGUAUCCUCACAUCUUUUGGACUCCUUGUGUAGUUCAUAGCUUAAAUUUGGCUUUAAAGAAUAUAUGCGAUCCAUCUGAAAGAUCACAUCAAUACACCCACUGUAAAUGGAUUGCUGAUUUAGUGUCUGAUGUGAAAAUAAUUUGAAAUUUUGUUGUUAAUCAUAGUAUGGCAUUAUCUAUAUACAACAAAUAUUCUAAGUUGAGUUUGUUAAGAAUUGCUGAUACUAGGUUUGCAUCAAGUAUUGUGAUGAGUAAAUGUCUAAAAGAAGUGAAGACAGCAUUAGAAAAUAUGGUAAUGGAUUCUGAAUGGAAAUCAUAUAGGGAUGCAAAUGUUGAAAGUAAAGUACAGGAAGUGAAACAAUGCAUUGUUAAUGAUCAGUGGUGGGAUAGGUUAGACUAUUUUUUAUCUUUUACUGAACCUAUAUUUGAUAUGUUGCGGGUUGCUGAUACAGAUAUUCCUGUUUUGCAUUUGAUUUAUGAUAUGUGGGAUUCUAUGAUUGAAAGAGUGAAAAAAAUUAUAUUUAACCAUGAAGGAAAAGAUUUAAUUAGUGGUAGUUCAGUUUUUUUUUAUGUUGUUCAUGAAAUUUUGGUGAGUAGAUGGGCCAAAAGCAACACCCUUUUACAUUGUAUGGCACAUUCUUUGGUGUCAAAGUAUUAUUGUGAUGCUUGGCUCCAAGGUGGAAAUAAUGGAAUUAUGAGGUUAGCACCACAUGAGGAUCAAGAGGUGUCUACCAAUAGAAGCAAAUGCUUCAAGAGACUAUUUCAAAAUUCAAAUGAUUUGCGGAAGGUUUAUGCUGAAUUUGGAGUUUUCUCAAGUGGUUCUGACUAUUUCAAUCAACCACAUGUUAUUGCGGCGAGAAUAUUUAAGGAACCAUUGUCGUGGUGGGCUAAUCAUAGUGCUUCUACACCAUUGUUGCAUGCUUUAGCCUUCAAAUUGCUUUCACAGCCAGCAUCUUCAUCUUGCUGUGAGAGAAAUUGGAGUACUUAUUUCAACAUACAAAGUAUCAAAAGAAAUAAAUUGACGAGUAGUAUAGCUGAAGACCUUGUUUUUGUGCAUUGCAAUCUUCACCUAAUAUCAAGGAAAGAAGAAGAAUACAAGAUUGGGCCAACAAAAUACUGGGACUUAUGCGGUGAUAAAGCUGAUUUGGAUAACUAUGUCAUUGUGGAGUUUGCCGAACUUUCACUUAAUGAACCUGAGUUGAAGAUUAUGACAUUGUAUAAUGAUAACGAGUAAAGUAGAGAGAGGAAUUGAUAGGAAUAUGUGGAUUUGUAACUUUUGCACUUUCAAGAAUUUAAGAGUCUUUGUAACUUUUGUUAUUUUUAUUUAAUUAGAUUAAAUUAUGUUAUGUAAUGGAUUUUAGUCUUUUUUAAACUUCAAUAUGCAUUAGGUUGUUUUUGUUUAAUUAAAUGAGAAUUUGAUAGCAUUACAAGUUUUCUAUUUA